CAACACUGGAUAAGCCUCUCCGUCUCGUCUAUCCCUUUUCCUUUCAAUUUUCAACUCAAAAUCCAAAUGCAAAACCUCAGAUUUCCACAAUGAUUUAACCCCGAAUCCCCAAAACCCAAACUUUCCCAUAAAUUUCCCACUUUUUCUGUAUAUUCAUACAGAGCCAACAAUAUUCAUACACAUAGAUUCCAUAACCAAUGGCGGCGGUCAGCUCACUUUCUUUCUCGGCAAUCGGCCAAACAUCCGGAGAAAGAAAAAUUAAUGUCUCGCCGGCGCGUUACCUAGCUUCCAAUUUCGAAGGAUUCCGUUUCCGUGCAAGCUUUUUAUAUCAGUCCGUUGGACUUCGAGCUUCCACUACUGCUUCUGUUUCGGUUGUUCACUGCAUGUCCACUGCUACUGAUGUCCCGCCAACUGUUUCUGAGACAAAGUCGAGUUUUUUAAAAGCAUAUAAGCGGCCCAUUCCCAGUGUGUACAACACGGUUUUGCAGGAGCUGAUUGUGCAGCAACAUUUGAUGAGGUACAAGAAGACGUAUCGAUAUGAUCCGGUUUUCGCCCUCGGUUUUGUUACGGUGUUUGAUCAAUUGAUGGAAGGAUAUCCGAGUGAUGAGGAUCGAGAGGCCAUUUUCCAAGCUUAUAUCAAUGCCUUGAAAGAGGACCCCCAACAGUACAGAGUUGAUGCACAGAAAUUGGAGGAAUGGGCCCGUGGCCAAACUUCUAGUUCUCUAGUUGAGUUUUCGAUUAGAGAUGGAGAAGUUGAAGCUGUACUGAAAGACAUUGCGGAAAGAGCUGGGGGUAAGGGGAGUUUCAGCUAUAGCCGUUUCUUCGCUGUCGGGUUGUUUCGUCUUCUUGAGCUGGCCAAUGCAACUGAACCAACGGUGUUAGAGAAGCUUUGUGCAGCCUUAAACAUCGACAAACGAAGUGUGGAUCGAGAUCUUGAUGUGUAUAGGAAUAUGCUUUCCAAGCUGGUUCAAGCUAAAGAACUACUCAAGGAGUAUGUCGAGAGGGAGAAAAAGAAAAGAGAAGAAAGAUCGGAAUCACCCGCAGCCAACGAGGCCGUCAAGCAAUGUUCGGGUGAAUACCAAUACAUAAGCUAGAAAUUCAAUAUGUUUGCUUUGAUACCGUUUUUGUUGUCUGAG